AUGAAAACCACUUCGUUAGUACUUGAAGUCAAAUUUCACGAAAAAAUCCUCUGGUUGAUUAUGAAUACGGACAAGGAAAAAAAUUAUAUCCUUGAAAUAUUGACGGUGAAACGAUUGGAAAAUGGGGGAGAAAGAGACCACGUUCAACAGAAACAAGAACGAGAAUCAUUAGUCGUUGAGAUAAAAAAUCAAAUAAAUGAAUUGCUAGACACUACUACCACUAUAGUUGAGCCCAAAAAACUAGACGAGAUAAAACUUAUAUUUGACGAAAUAAUCAGUAAGUUAAAUAAAUUAGAUCAAAAGUAUACAAAACUUUUAGAGGAUAAUGAGAAAUUGAAGGAGGAAGUUGCAAAAUUGAAGGAGGAUAAAGAGACACUAAAGCAGAAAAUUGAACGUAUGGAGCAAGAAUUGAAAGAAUCGAAAAAGAAAUCAGAAAUUAUGGAGCAAGAAUUGAAAGAAUCGAAACAGAAAUCAGAAAUUAUUGAACAAAGAAAUGAAAUACACAGAAGAUUUAGAGAUUUCGUUGGAAGAUUUCUUUAUAUUAUUGCAACCAAAUUAAACUUUGAAUCUAUAGAGGGAUUUUGCUUAUCAUAUCGAUAUAGUCAGGGUGAUAAGAAAAAGAACCUCGAUGAAAAAUUAUCAACACUUCUACGUAAUGUUGGAAUGAAGAUCGAGGAAUUUGAACUACUGCAACAGUUUAAACUCAAGCGCAACGAAAUGUUUCACGGGAAAAAAAGACAGAAUGAGGAUGAAGCACGAAAAAUGUUGAAAGAAAUGAAUUUUCCGGAUGACAUGAAUUACCUAAAAGAUCCCUUAAACAAAGCUUUGAUGGCUUUAAAAACUUGGAAAUAA